UGCUUCAGCCGAGUGAGUUUGAGAGCAACCAUCUCACCGAGGAUUUGCGUUACAGGCAUCAUCCAAGACUACGUCUGCUGGUUUUGUUUGCCCGAAUCUGCCCUGGAAAUAUAAGUGGACGAUAGUUUUUCUUUUCUCCCCCCAAAGGGACACGACCCCACGAUGAGUGGACCAACCUAUGACAGGAAGAUACCUGGUAUUUCCACCGAUCUUUCAGGCUCUAUGAGUUGCCAUCCGACUUCUAAGGACUCUCCGACUCUUCCAGAGUCUUCGGUUACGGAUAUGGGUUUUUACAGCAGCCACCACGAAUACUACCAGAGUCCUCCAUACCCUCAACAGAUGAAUUCAUAUCACCAGUUCAAUCUGCCUGGGAUGGGGGCUUCAGUAGGACCUUAUCCCACCAAAACAGAAUAUCCUUACAGCAAUACUUACAGACAAUACGGACAUUACCACAGGGACCUACAGACGCCACCCCACAGUGCAGUCAAAGAGGAACCAGAGACUGAAGUUCGGAUGGUGAACGGAAAACCUAAGAAAAUCCGCAAGCCACGCACCAUUUACUCGAGUUAUCAGCUCGCCGCACUGCAGCGCCGCUUCCAGAAGGCGCAGUAUUUGGCGCUCCCGGAGAGAGCUGAACUCGCCGCACAGCUGGGACUCACACAGACACAGGUGAAAAUCUGGUUCCAGAACCGGAGAUCCAAGUUCAAGAAGCUUUACAAGAACGGUGAGGUUCCUCUGGAGCACAGCCCGAACGCCAGCGACUCCAUGGCCUGCAACUCCCCACCAUCCCCAGCCGUAUGGGACAAUAACGCGCACUCUAGCCAGGUCAGCAGGGGGCAGAUCCCCCAGCCACCCCUCAGCUCCUCACCCCCCUACAUGGAAGAUUACAGCAAUCACUGGUACCAGCAGGGAUCACAUUUACAGCAUCCAGUGCACCACCCGGGACCACCACAGAGCGUGGGGGCCGUGUAUUAACAGACACUGAUGAGAGUUUAAUAUAAGAAAAGACUCCGAAAAAUAAGCUGAGAGAUAGCCUACUCUGCGAGUGGCCUAUCUGGAGUGAAACAGCACGCUUGUGUUGGCAUUUUGUUGACUGUUUAAACGCAUGUUGAACGCAUAUCUGUCGCUUAUGGAAUAACAGCUUUAUUUGAACAAUGUUUUAAUGUUUCCCAGCUACUCGGACCUAUUUCAUAUGUACAUAGGUGUAGGUUCAACAGUCUAAAGGAAGUUUAGCGUGGUUUUAAAUUAUUAUGUUGUAUUUGGCUUCCUUUAUUUUCAUUCUGUGCGAAUAAAAAAAAAAACAAAAAAAAUGAGUGAACCCUAAAUUCUGUUAUUACCCUAUAGCGCACGUCAGAGACUCAGGACAUAAAUUAUAUUGUACAAAAUGUUGAAAGCUGUACAUAUGUGUUUUAAAUAAAACAGAACCACUAAACACUAAGACAAAGACUGCACGGUGGUGCUUGAACCAUUUUAUACUCCUGUAAGUAGUUCUAUUGUUAUUCUGUUAAACUGAAUAAAUGCGAAUUGAAACGAA